CAAAAAUACUCGAAAACAAAAAGUUCACUCACAGAAGCUUCAACCUCACCUCAACUUUUCUCCUUCUCAGAAAAGAGAAGAAGAUAAAAUAAAAACCAAAAAAAUAAUGGUCCAUACAUACAUAAACCCCAAAAACUCCCAAACAAAUAAACUUCCUCUCUCUCUCUCUCUCAACAGCCAGCCCAUACAGUACUUUUAUGGAGUUAUGGCGAAAUGCUGAAAGAAAGAGCACACAAUAACUCAAUCUUUCUCAGCCUCCCUCGCUAUUCCCUUCAUCUCUAUCUUCCCUAUAAGCGCUAAACAGAGCUUUAACGCUCCUAUUUUCUGAUCGGCCAUUAAUGCAUUGAGCCCCUCCUGUUGGUGUUUCCUUCACCACCACGCAAUUUCUUUUCUUCUUCUACCUCGAAGUGGGCGUUUCAAAUUCCGGCGUGAUGCGGAAUUCAAGGUGAAAUAGCAGAAGAUAUGUUCAAGCCGGCGCGAUGGUGGAGCGACAAGCACAGAAUCAAAGCUGUUUUCAAGUUGCACUUUCAUGCAUCUCAGGUGACACAGGUUGGAGGGGAUGGAUUGAUGGUCUCCGUUGUCUCCGGAGAUACCGGCAAGCCCUCUGCGAGGUCGGAAAAGGCUGCAGUCCGAGAUGGGGGUUGUGUGUGGGAGAAUCCAGUUUAUGAGACUGUCAAGUUCAAUAGGGAUCCAAAAUCAGGGAAGAUUCAUCAAAAGAUGUAUCUCUUGGUCUUAAGCACGGGUUCGUCUAGAUCAGGAGCUGUCGGAGAGGCUUCUAUCGAUUUCUCCAUCUAUGCAGAGGCGAGCAAGCCCUCCUUGGCGUCUCUUCCGCUCAAGAACUCAAAGGGCGAAGCCAUACUUCAUGUAUCUAUCCAGAGGGUACAUGAUCAAAGGGAGAUUGAAGAAAAUGAGGAUGCAAGUUUGUAUUCUCAUGGUGAUGAUGCUGAUGGAGCAUUCAGAAGCGAUUCCGUUGAAGAGGAUCCACCAUCUAGCAAGGCUGAGUUUGAGACGACGCUCCGGGCUUCUAGUGGUUCGGACAUCACUCUGUCGAGUUCCGGGAGCAGCUCCGGGCUAGAAGCGCCUUGGGAGAUGCAGACGAAGAACGAGCCUGUUAGAUACUUGACAACUCCGGGGCCAAAAUCUGACACGCCUUCACCGGUGCACCGGAGUUCGUGGGAGUGGCUGAGGGACUCUGUCACCCCCAACGACACUUCAAGGAGCGCCUUGGGAGGAACUUUUCUAGACGAGGAGGCUCCGGAUGUUGUGAUCGAGAAGCUGAAAGCUGAGGUUGCUGUGCUGUCGAGGCAGGCCGACAUGUCCGAGUUAGAGCUGCAGGCGCUGCGGAAGCAGAUUGGGAAGGAGAGCAAGAGAGGGCAGGAUCACUGGAGAGAAGUUGUUUGCUUGAAACAAGAAAGAGAUGCUUUCAAGGAAGAAUGCGAGCGGCUCAGAGGUGAAACGAAGGCUAGUUUCAUCUUUGAUGGAGUGGAUUCGCAGGCAGUAGUUGAUGAACUCCGGCAAGAGCUGAGUUACACGAAGGAGUUGAACACGAACCUUCGUGUUCAGCUCCAGAAAACUCAGGAGUCGAACGCUGAGCUGAUUCUUGCAGUGAGGGACCUUGAGGAGAUGCUGGAGGAGAAAAGCAAGGGGAUGGAUGGAGAAUCGAGAGAAGUGGCUGUCGUUUAUCAGCUCGAUGAUGAGGAUGACGAGGAGGAGCAGAAGGCGCUGGAGGAUAUUGUGAAGCAGCAGGGUGAAGUCGAGGGAUCGUCUCUUCUAGAACAAGAGAUUGUUGAGUUGCAAAAUGAGAUAGACUUGUACAAGAGGGAUAAAGAUGAGCUGGAGAUGCAGAUGGAGCAGCUAGCCCUCGAUUACGAGGUCAUGAAGCAGGCGAAUCACGACAUGGCGUGUAAGCUCGAGCAGAGCCAGAUCCACGAGCAGCUGAAGAUGCAGUACGAGUGCUCGUCUCCCGACACCAAUGCUGAAAUUGAGAAUCUGGAGCAGGAAUUGCAGAGCCGAACGAAGGAGUAUGAAGAUUCACUUGUGACUAUAAGCGAGCUUCGAGGCCGUGUUGCCAGCCUAGAGAAGGAAGUUGAGAGGCAGGCGCGGGGUUUUGAAGCCGAUGUGGAAGCUCUCACACGCUCCAAAAUCGUGCAGGAGAAGAGGGCGAUAAGAGCCGAGGAGAUGCUAAAGAAGAUGAGGUGGAAGAACGCCAAUGCAGCAGAGCGGCUGCAGAAUGAGUUCAGGAAGCUCUCCGUGCAGAUGGCAUCGACGUUUGAGGCCAACGAGAAGCUGGCCACCAAGUCUCUGGCGGAAGCAAACGAGCUCCGUGUGGACAAGGCUUGUCUUGAGGAAACUCUCCGUAGAAUCUCUGAAGAGCACCAGUCAGUCGAGGGGCAUUAUGAGGCGCGACUGCAGCAAGUCACGGCCCAAGUUACCGCGAUGAGUGACCAAAUAGAGAAGCAGCAGUCGGAGAUAAAUGAACGAGGCGUUCAGCUGGAACGUCACAGGGAGAUUGCUGAGGAAACGGAGAGACUCCUCUCGGAUGAGAUCUCGAGGCUUAAAGAGGAGGUUGAAGAGCACAUUGCCAAGAACGAGAUUCUGUUGGAGGAGAAGGGGAGUAAGGAGGCUGUGGUGCACGAGCUCGAGAGGAUGAAGGUGUCCGUGAAGGAAACGGAGCUGCUCGUGGAGCAAGGGAAUGACGAGAAGGUUGAACUCGAGAGCAGGGUCAUGGUUAUGAGGAUGGAGGCUGCAGAGCUGGAUAAGGAAUUGAACAGAAUGAGGUGUCUGGUGAAGGAAAAAGAGUUGGCAGCUACGAAACUGCAAUCGGAGCUGGAUUCUCUCCGGUCACUUGAUGAGGCGGAGAAGGAGGGUUUGAGGAAGCAAGUUUUGCAGUUGAGGAGUGAGAUCAAGAAGAAGGAAGACGCGUGCAAAAUCCUCGAGAGGAAAACUAGGGAUCGAGCAACGAGUAAACCCGUUGCCCGUGGAUCGAAGGAGGCUUCGAAUAAGAUAAAGUUGCUUGAGUGUGAAAUCAAGUUGAAGGAGACUGCUCUUGAGAAAUCAGCUCAUGCAUUUUCAGAGAAGGAAAAGAUUCUUCACAAGAGAAUUGAAGAGUUGGAGGAAAGCUUGAAUGUGAAUGAAGUUGAAAAGAACGCUUCCAGUGAAAACUUAAGCACAACAUCAAGUGUAAACUGUGGAGCAAUCUUACCAAGAAAAUGCAACGGCUUAUCAGAUUCGAGUGAUAAUACUGAGGUUGAAGAUUUGAAAAAGGAAAUGGGAUUAAUAAUGGAAAGGAACAAAUCAAUGGAAAAGGAGUUGAAGGAAAUGGAAGAGAGGUAUUCGGACAUGAGCCUCAAGUUUGCAGAGGUAGAGGGUGAAAGGCAACAACUUGUAAUGAAACUACGCAACCUUACCAAUUCAAAGAACUCCACAAAUUUGUGUUGCUCCAAUUAACUGGUAAUGAUGCUAAGGCUGUUGAUAACUAGGAUUUUCUAGCCGAUUCAAAAUCUUGUAAAUUGCUUAAAUGUGGAAAUAUGUUUCUUGAUUCAUUAGAAAUAAGAUGUAACAUAGAUUUGAAAGUUGAUCUACACCAUGUAGAAGGUGUGUCCAAACACAUUAUUCUUUUAUUCUAUUUUUUUGUUGUCUGUAUGUA